AUGACGACACUCUUCAUCGCUUUAGACGAUCAGCCGAGCCAAGAGGAUGUUUUACGCCAGUCUGAGCACUACCUCUGCCAUCAGCAGGCUACAGAGCAAAGUGGGCAGGCUGCAAAAACCUUGCUGCGCCUCUUCUUCAGCACGGUCGACGAGCUGGUUGCCUAUUUUGAGCAGGACGAUUCGCUGGCAGCUGUUCUUGUGCGCGCUUCGUGGGAAGCGUUCCUUGUUGGAGGGCUUCUCGAGGCAAGAAUCCUCGGCAAACGCGUCGCAUCGGACAACAAUGCGCCCCAAGCGAGUCAUUCCUUCGCCGACUGGAUACGCGACAAGAGUGGCAUCGGGGUUGCUUACGUGCUGGCAGUGUUCAAGCCGGACAAGGACGAAGCGAUCGAAAUGGAUCGCUGGCUGGCCUGCAUCACCGAUCUGCAAAGCUACACGUCGUUUGUCAACGAUGUCAUGUCUCUACGCAAAGAGAUUCUCACCGGAGACGGAGGCAACUAUAUCAACAUCAAGACCCGCAUCAGACAUCUCUCGGGCGAGGAAGGGACUGCUCGAGCGGACAAGAAAUUUUGCAUACGCGACAUGCUGAACGAGUCGGUUGCCGAGGCGGAAAAGGCUGCGAACAACAUCGACGCUCUGAUCGAGUACGCGGCGCCCGCUAAACUACCUCUCUGGCAAGCGUAUCGCCAUGGAUAUAUUCAAUUUCAUCUCGAGAAUCCUCGCUACCGUCUCAAGAACGUAGCAGGUGCACUGCGCGGCCUACAUUGA